CUCCAGCUGCAGUGCACACGCUUCCUGCGCCUUCUCCCGAGCCUCGCCGUCGGCUGGGCUUUUCCUUUGCAGAAGUCUCCAGACCCGAGAGGCGGCCAGAGUCCUUGCGCUUCUCUUUGGGGCACCAUGCCCAACGACGACGCAUUCAGCAAGCCUUCGGCACCGUCGGAGGCCCCGCACGUCCCCGGGGCACCGCCGCAGGGCAAGGCCAGCUUCGGCAAAGCUGCCGGGGCGCUGAUGGGGGCGGCGGGCGCCGGGGGCAGCGGCGGCGGCUCCGGCUCGGGGGCGUCGGGCAUGGGCGCUGGGAGCAAGAAGUCCCCGCGGCUGCCCAAGUGCGCGCGAUGCAGGAACCACGGCUACGCGUCGCCGCUCAAGGGCCACAAGCGCUUCUGCAUGUGGCGGGACUGCCAGUGCAAGAAGUGCAACCUGAUUGCCGAGAGACAGCGCGUGAUGGCCGCGCAGGUGGCCCUGAGAAGGCAGCAGGCCCAGGAGGAGGAACUGGGGAUCAGCCACCCCAUCCCGCUGCCCAGUGCUGCCGAGCUGCUUGUCAAGAGAGAGAAUAACGGCAGCAACCCGUGCCUGAUGAUUGAGAGCAGCAGCUCCUCGCAGCCCCUGCCAGCCAGCACCACCACCACUGCACCUUCAGAGGGACGUUUGGCCAUCCAGGAUGUUCCUGCUGUCACCAGCAGAGGGCAUGUGGAGAACACACCUGAUCUGGUUUCGGACUCCACCUACUACAGCAGCUUUUACCAGCCGUCUCUGUUCCCUUACUACAACAAUCUGUACAACUACCCGCAGUACUCCAUGGCCUUGGCUGCUGAUUCCACUUCUGGGGAUGUGGGAAACCCCCUCGGGGGGUCCCCCGUGAAGAACAGCCUUCGGAGCCUCCCGGCACCUUAUGUGCCCGGUCAGACAGGAAACCAGUGGCAGAUGAAAACCUCGGAGAACCGCCAUGCAGUGAGUUCCCAGUACAGGAUGCACUCUUACUAUCCGCCUCCCUCCUACCUGGGCCAGAGCGUGUCCCAGAUCUUCACUUUUGAGGAUGGCCCCUCUUACAUGGAAGCCAAAGCGAGUGUAUUCUCGCCGCCCAGCAGUCAAGAUUCUGGCUUGGUUUCCCUCUCGAGCAGCUCUCCUAUUAGUAAUGAGAGCACAAAGGGAGUGCUUGAAUGCGAGCCCGCCUCGGAGCCCAGCAGCUUCACGGUCACUCCCGUCAUCGAGGAGGACGAGUAA